AUGAAUCUUACCAAUGGUGCGAAAUCUCUAGUUCUCCGCAGCUCUCCAUACACUCAUACAGGCUUUCGCUCAGACCACAAGCACGCUCGACUCACUGAAGAGCUGCAGAUCAUCGAAUUGGUUCCACCGCCUAUAACCUCCUUCCCCAACGGAAUCUAUCACACAAAGUUCAAGGAUGAGAAGCUCACUAUCCUUGAUGACAUUGCUUCAGCUAUUGCUACUGGAGAAUGCAACAAGAAAGUAGGGGAUGCAAUGGAAGAAAGGGGUGCCAGUUCCGUCCACUUCAUUUUGGUUGUUAAUGGGCUGCCUUCCUCGCGCGAGGAGGCCGCCGCUGAGCGAUUUUUCAAAGCUCUGUUGUAUCCUGGAGACCAUUUUGUGCCGCACAUGCUGGAGGCAAUGAGGAGUUAUGCCAUGCCUCGCAUCGCGAGGCUGUCGGGACAAGUAGCCGAGUCUAUCGAGCAGUUCCUCCAGGACGACCUCAUACAAGACAUCGCCGACGACGCCUGGGGUCCUCACGUACAAGAGGUACCGGGAUUUCAAGCGUUUAGAAACCGUUUCCCAGAGCUUGAAAUCGCAUCAGUGCCGGAGGCUCUCACCAUUCUUCUCGAGCGUCUUCGGGAGCGUACCUCAGAGGUGCACCAGUCUGCGGACAACCCAUCAUUCACCACACAUGAUGCAAUGUUCGUCAACGGGCUUUUGGUCUUAGCACACCAUCUCUCCAAGGCUCCCAUAUUCAAUCGCCUCAUCCGCCGCAGCACUCGAGCAGUCAUUGUGCUUUUUGUGGGGGGGUUGAGGUAUAAACUCGCAAUGCUUGGGAGGUAUCAUGCCUGCCUUGAGCGGUUGCGUACCCUUGCGAAACGCACAGAAAUGAAGAUAACAUAUGAAUGGUGCACCGAUGAUGUUGCGGGAAUCGUCAAUGAUCGUCCUGUGGUCAUGCAUCGAUCUGCUCUGGAAGUUAUCAAGGCCGCCGAAGACAGGGCCACUCGUAUCGCAAUAUCAGUAUCAGAUUCGACCUUUGGCAAAAUAUGCAGCCAGUACAAGCCUACCCUGACGGUCUCCACUCACCCCACCAUCCGCCUCAUUCUUAAAUUGGGUUCUACCGCACAAACCAGGCUUGUAGGGUGCAGCGGCGGGGUCUGCUAUGCUUGCUCAGAGUGGAUCUCACGGUACAAUGACGCACACCCAGGCGCCAUGUGGACAGCAGGUCCUUCUCUGCAAGAAGUGGAUUCAACGUGGGCUCUGACACAUCGGUUUCCGUUCGAGGAGGAUGUCUACCAGUCGAUAAAGGAGGCGAAGGAAAUAAGUCUCAUCGAUUGGCUCGACCCAAGUCCAAUGGACUAUUAG